CAGCAAGCGUAUCAAGCCAGCCAUUGUGUCAAGGUGCCGCUAUCGACCUCGAACUGAGUGAUUGUAUGGAAAUUCGAGCUCGAGACGAUACGCGCCGCAUCUCCUAAAACCACAUGUUCGCACAAUGACAUCCAUCGACGAGCUCUUCCGAAAACCGAACCUUCCGCCUGCGGGAAACAAGCGCAAAUACGAAGCUCCUGACGCGCAAGAAGUCUACAAGGCUUCUAAACUAUCCAAGUCCUCAUCUCCGAAUGGCCGGGCCAACGGCGCGACAGUAGAGGAUGCUGAAGAUGAAGACCUCGAAGCCGGCCCCGAACUUCCACCAGAUCUCGACGAUGAAGGCGAUGAUGAAGAUGGCAAAUUCUUUGGCUCAGGCAUGACAAAGGACGCGGCGGAGGCUUUAGAUUAUAUCGAUGAAGCAGAUGGCGCGGAGGAAGCUUUACAGGAAGAAAAGAUUGAUUCAGCAUGGUUGAGGAGGUUGACAACGAGUUUUGAGAGAAAAGUUGUGAAGAAUGCAGAGUUGAGAGCAAAGUAUGAGAGUGAUCCAACAAAAUUCAUCGAGAGCGAGGCAGACUUGGAUGCGGAAAUCAAGAGCUGGAGUUUGCUAGGCGAGCAUCCGGAGCUGUACAUUGAGUUUGCCAAAGGAGGCGCUGCUGCCACACUAGUUGGAUUGCUUGCGCAUGAGAAUACAGACAUUGCCAUUGGAGCAAUUCAGAUCUUGUCUGAGCUCCUGGAUGAAGAUGUGCAGGCGGAACAAGACCAAUGGGACGCGGUUGUGGCUGCUUUGCUUGAUGCAGAUCUGCUAGACCUUCUUAUGGACAACCUGGGGAGACUUGACGAGGAGAAUGAGAGUGAUCGAAACGGCAUGUAUCACUCGCUGGCUGUAUUGGAGAGUCUGGCAGGACAGCAGGCAACGGCGGAGAAGAUUGGACAGGAGAGACUGUUGAUGUGGUUGUGCAAUCGCAUCAAAGUCGCCGAGAAGCCCGUGGGACAGAACAAGCAGUAUGCGGCGGAAGUGCUCCAGGUCUUACUGCAGUCCUCCUCUCUACUUCGAAAGCGCUUGGCGGUGGACAUCGACGGCGUGGAUCUAUUUCUGCAGCUACUUGCCGCGUAUCGGAAGCGUGAUCCGGAAAAAGACACCCAUGAGGAGGAAUUCGUGGAGAACCUCUUCGAUGCGCUAACAUGUGUGGUGGACGAGGUCGAGGGGAAGGCAAAGUUUGUUGAGGCAGAAGGUGUCGAGCUGGGCCUGAUCAUGCUCAAAGAGGGAACGAAGAACAUCACGCAACGUGCACUACGGGUACUGGACCAUGCGACGAAUGGCCAGGGAGCAGCUUCUGCCGCGGUCUGCGACAAGAUAGUUGAUGCCGCUGGCCUCAAAUCUCUGUUCAGUACGUUCAUGAAGAGCAAGGACGCCGCGAGUGUGGAGCAUUUGCUUGGUAUAUUCUCCGCCAUGCUGCGACUGCUACCUGGAGAGUCUGCAGCCCGCAUCCGCGUAUUGGCAAAAUUCACGGAAAAGAAGAUGGAGAAAGUCGUGAGGCUGAUCAAACUGCGAAAAGAAUAUGCUGCCAAGGUGUCGAAAGUCGAGAAGGAGAUUGCCCAAGAACAGAAGAGUCUUCCGGACGAUGAGCUCGAGGACCGGGCAGACGAGUGGUUCUCCCGACGUCUUGACGGCGGUCUAUUCUGCUUGCAGAUGUGCGAUGUGAUAUUGGCAUGGCUGGUAGCAGAAGACGAAGGCAUCAGGCAGUUGGCGCUGCAAGAGUUUCAUGGUGGAUUCGGCAUGAUCAAGACAUCCUUGGACGAGCAGAUGAAGGGUCUGGAAGGCGGUUCUGAAGAGGACCAAGACACGAGAGAAAUGCUGGAGACACUAAUAGGAUAUCUUGAAUGAGGCCCUGGUAUGUAGUCUCAAUGAUAUCGUCGCGUAGGACCAGGCUGGCGGAGCCGAAAGUGCUGAUUUAUGCCAAGGCAUGGCUGGACUUCCCGCAGCCACAGCCGCUCUGCUGCCUCGACCUCUACCGUUCGCAGCAAAAAACAUCGAAUUGCUCACGCGCUAGGAGCUCGCUGCCUGAACCAUCAGGCACAUGCGACACCUCUUAAGUCGGCGGACUGCACUGACUUUGUCGUUCCAAUAUCGACUG